UUUGUUAAAAAUUUCCGACGCUGUUUACUUUACCGUUGCGGGCUGCCUGUGUUGAAGAUAAUUCAAAAUGGCGGACAAAACACGGGUAUUUACUUCAAGGGGCAAACGAAGCUCGAAUUAGCCGAAAAUUCCUAAAUAUUAUUCCCAAUUUGUUUUCUACUAGGAAAAUGUUUGAAACAGGCGACUGGGGAGGCUCAGAUCAGAAGCAGGAUCAUCUUAUUUAUGGGCUUUUUGGAGAAAUUUCUGCUAAUGAAAAUGAAGCUGCUGCAGCGAUCAAAUCGAAGGAGAAAUCAGAGGAGUCAGCCGAAAAUACAAGAAAAAAGAGAAAACACAGAGGUAAUACAAAGCGUAAAAAGACAUUAGGCACCGAUAGCUUAGCCAAUAGUGACAGCAUUUUGAGUAACAUAGAAGCUGACUCGGAAGCUGUUGGGUUGGGAAAAACAAAGAACAACAAGCGUAUAAAGCAAGGAGACAACGAAUCAAACACUAAAAUGGGACACCAAGUCAUGAGUGAAAAGCCCCCAAAAGCGAUCAAGGGAGAAAGUUAUAAGAAGGAUGAAUAUGAAUUGAAAUCUGGCAAUUCUCAAAGUCAUAAAAAGACAAGAAAAAAGAAGAAGAAAUCAAGCAAUGAAGAGGAGGGAUUAAAAGCCCAGACAGAUGAAAAUCAAGCAAAAGAGUUGACCAAAGAUGAUGUGUUGACUCGUCCAAAUUCUUAUUAUGAUACUUUACCCCCUGUACAGCCUGUAAAGAAGGCCAGUCUUGGAGAGAAAAUGAAAAGCAAACUUGAGUCAUCAAGGUUCCGUUGGAUAAACGAGCAGUUAUACACAACAAGUGGUGAUCAUGCAUUGACAAUGUUCUCAGCUGAGCCUGCACUGUUUGAUGUUUACCACAGAGGAUUCAGAACUCAAGUUGAGCAUUGGCCAGUGAAUCCAGUCAAUGUGAUUAUUCAGUGGCUACUGGAAAGGCCUGUGUCCCUGAUUGUUGCCGAUUUUGGUUGUGGUGAUGCCCUUAUAGCUCAAACUGUUCCUAACAAGGUGCAUUCCUUUGAUUUGGUGGCAAAGAAUGAUCUUGUGACAGCAUGUAACAUGGCUAAUGUACCUCUUGACUCCAGUAGUGUUGAUGUUGCCAUCUUUUGUUUGUCAUUGAUGGGGACUGAUUUACAAAACUAUCUAUUGGAAGCUCACAGAGUACUAAAGAAAGGUGGGAUUUUAAAAGUUGCAGAGGUGGUCAGUAGAGUCGAUCCUGAAGCAUUUGUGGAUUCUCUCAGUCAGCUUGGAUUUAGAUUAGAGUCAAGGGAUGAGUCCAACAAGAUGUUUAUUCUAAUGGAUUUCACGAAGGUGAAGAGGAAGAUGCCAGACUGUGCUGAGCUCUUAGGGCUCAAACUUAAACCAUGCAUAUACAAAAAGAGAUAGUCAUCUGAUAAAAAGUUUUUUUUGUAAGGGACAUUAAAUGAAUGGCUAUUGAUUUUUAGAUUUGUUUAUGAUAGUAUAGAAAAAACAAAUGUGAGCACUAUUGUUUACAAAAAUAAAACUGCAAAUCAAA